GGCAACCAGAACACUUUGAGUAGUAGCUGCUAAUCUCUCAGCUGUUAUCCAAUUCUCACUAUAAGAACGGAGGCUAAGGAAGACAUUAGAGGUCUUAGAUCGGAAGAAGAAAGUUGAAAGAUCUGAGAACUGGAGGAGAAAAUAAAAACCUCAGAAAAAGAAGUAAGAGACAAGGAAAGAAUAUGCUGCUUUGGAAAAUGUUUUUUGGCAUCUGGAUUAUCUAUGCCAGCUCUCUGUGUACUUACACCAAAGGCCACACCAACAAGCACAGCCAGACUGAUGAUCAAACGCCCGAGUAUCUGAGGGAAUUUCUACAAGCUUUGUCUCUGAAUAACCACAGUGUAUUUUCCAAGAAUCAAACUGGUAAUCUAAUUCAAAAGCUCUGGGAUCGAGUACAGUGUCCAGAAAGAAUAGCUGGCACCAAGGACCAAUGUGACAAGUGCCUUUCGCUAGAUGUUCUUUUCUCAAUAAUAGAAAGAGAUGACAAGGAACAUCACCUGCAUGAAGAUGCAUUUCACAGACUUUCAGUUAUCCUUCUUUAUUAUAUUAUUUACAUGCAAGAUGUGUGCACAUUAGACACUCCUCAAAAAGUUAAGGACUUUGGAUUUUAUCUGAAUGCAAUUUUAAGUUUUAAAUCAGAUCAAGACUUAAAUCAUCUGUCGCAUGAUGAACUUAACAACCUUUUGGAAACCAUUCAAAAGCAUUACACAGUUUCCUCCUGGAGUCAGUGUUUCAAUGCUGCCUGGCUGGAGGAGCAAACUGGCAUAGUGAGUCCACCAGGUGCUGAUGAAAAGACUCUUCCUCAACUGGCUGGGGCAAUCAUUGCUUCCGUUCUGCAAGGUCGCUGUAUUGGAAGCUCAGCUUUACCCAACCCAAGCUUUUUCACUGAAUUCAUUUUCAGAUCACUAAACAGUACUAAAACUAUAAGGAUAGCAGAUUUAAACCAGCUCCUUAAUCAGCUGGGCUUGGGAAGAUAUUUUGAAUCGCCUUUGCAUGACCAUGCAAAUCUCAGAACAGGAGCAAAGCAGUUUGAAAGCUCCAGAGAAAUACAUUUUGCAAAAAAGCAAAACCAAGAUCAUCAUGAUUGUGAUAUCUUACCUGAUGAUAGCUUUACAUGGGCAAAGGUUUGCUUUUCUGCUGACCAGCUUGUUGGGAUCUUCUUUAAUGGCAGUGAUUCUGUUAUUUCAAAAGACCACUUUGAUCAGAUCAGCCCAGCUAUUAUUCAGCAGUUGCUUAGUGGAGCUUGUCAACAUGGUGGCUGGGAACACACACAAUCCGUCAUUCUUCCAACUAACGUUGAGAAAUAUGGAUACAGUACAGUGGCUGUCUUGAUAAUUACAGUGAGCUCCAUGUGUGGCAUCACCCUGCUCAUUUUCAACUCUUGCAAACAGACAUACCAGCUCAUUCUGCAGCUGUUUAUAGGUAUAGCAGUUGGAACAAUGUCAGGUGAUGCAUUGUUACAUCUCUUGCCACAGGUCCUUGGUCUACACACACAUGAGCAAGAAGCCACCAGCCAUUCUCCUGAAAGCAAAGGGUACAUUUGGAAAAUGUUUACAAUACUUGGAGGAAUAUAUGCGUUUUUCCUAAUUGAAAAACUUUUCACACUCAUCCUGACAUUUAGGGGUCAGACAUUUGGAAAUGGACAUUUGGCACAUUCACAUGAUGUUCCAAUGGAGACUAACUUGAAUAGCCAAUCAGAGAGAGGCAAAUCUAUUUCCACCCUGCAACUGCAAAAUCCAGAAGAUUCAGAAAAUCUUGAAAAUACAACAGACCAUGCAAUAGACAGUAAUUCUGCAAAUGACAAAAAGAAAACAUUUAAUGUGUUGGCAGUUAUGAUUGUGGUGGGAGACAGCAUGCAUAACUUUGCAGAUGGCUUGGCCAUAGGUGCAGCCUUCUCGUCAUCGAUCGAGACUGGUAUCACCACUACUAUUGCCAUACUGUUUCAUGAAAUUCCUCAUGAAAUGGGGGAUUUUGCUGUACUUCUGAACUCUGGUUUAUCAGUAAAGAUUGCCAUUCUGAUGAAUUUAUUUAGUGCACUAACUGCUUUUAUUGGACUCUACAUUGGCCUCUCUCUAUCAGCUGAUCUCAAUGUUCAGCAGUGGAUUUUCACAGUGACAGCAGGGAUGUUCCUUUACCUCUCAUUGGUAGAAAUGCUUCCUGAGAUGGCACAUGUAAAAACAACACAGCCCUGGUUGAUGUUCAUCUUUCAGAACAUUGGAUUGGUUCUAGGAUGGGCUUGCCUUCUUCUUCUUGCCCUAUUUGAACAUAGACUUACUCUAUAAUUUUACCUCAAGUGCUCUCCAUUAGCAAGAGAAAAUGGCUACAAUUUCAAAUAAUGCACUGUGCUUUUGAAUCUAAAAUCUGUUCUUAGAGAGAUUGGAAACUGCAAUAAUGAAAAGUAUGCAAAUGAUCACUAAUAUGUAAUAAUUAUUUUGCAAUUGUUUCCCCUGAACAAUUUAAUUACAAAAAUCUGAAACAGUUUUACUGAAUACUUAGUAGUAUUUGUGAUAACUCUAUUCAUAAACCAUUUCAUUUCUAAAAAUUUUAUUUAUCAUAUUUGCAGCAAAAUAAUUGAAGUAAGAAUUAGUUUGUUACCAAAAGUAGCAGUGAGUAGAAUAUUAAUAUAUCCUGCUACUUCUUUUAAAAAAGCUUUUUCUUAACUUCUCAUUUUGGUAGUUACCAAAUCUAUUCUGUUUGACUAAUCAUGCAAGUAAUGUUAUUAAAACAUACUUCUUACUUAUGUUGUAGAACACAAUAAAAUAAAUUUGUC